AUCGACUGAAGAUUCAGCGAUUCAAUCGAAGAUUCAGGGUUCGACUUUUACGCAUGCGCACAGCCGGUUCUUCCUUUCUGCCAGCUUCACCGUCAUGGCGCCUAUACAGAAGAAGAAGCAGAACACCGGCAAAGGUGGGAAGAAGAAGAAGCAGGUCCUGAAGUUCACUCUAGACUGCACCCAUCCUGUGGAGGAUGGCAUCAUGGAUGCUGCCAACUUCGAGCAGUUCCUGCAGGAGCGCAUCAAGGUGAACGGGAAAGCUGGCAACCUGGGUGGAGGUGUGGUCUCCAUCGAGAGGAGCAAGAGCAAAAUCACAGUUUCCUCUGAGGUGCCUUUCUCCAAAAGGUAUCUGAAGUAUCUGACCAAGAAGUACCUGAAGAAGAACAAUCUGCGUGACUGGCUGCGCGUGGUCGCCAACACCAAGGAGAGCUACGAACUGCGCUACUUCCAGAUUAAUCAGGAUGAAGAGGAGGAGGAGGAUGAAGAUUAGAUGCUUCUUUUUGUACAUUAAAUUUUGUUUGGAGUACAGAAA